CAUCUUAAUAUAUAGCCUCUCUUUAAGUUUGGAUUGCCUCUCUCCUCGCUGUUUCUGUGUGGCUGUGAAGCAUGGUCAACUCUGUACUUUCUAAUUUGCUGAGUGCUGUCUUGUUCCCAUCAGUCCCUGCGCCUGGACUCUGGUCCCUUGCUUCUUAGUCACUGCCUCGCUCUCUUGUUAGAGCUCCAACUCUGUGGGCCUCUUUGGGAAUACUGUGUUGGCUGUCCUAGUGGGCAGUGGAGAGGAGCGUUCACAUGGCUUGUGUACCUGGCAGUGGAGGCAAGAGUACAUAUGGGUUGUAUGUGUUUUAGAAAAUAGUUCAAAAUGUCUUCCCUGGCCCAUAGCAGUAGGAAAUCAAAAGUAGCACCCAUUGCAGUGAUUAGAAAUAUAUAGUGAAUGGGUCAGUGCACGGCUUGGCUAAUGUUGAGAGGAGUUGGGGAGGCAUGAUCUCUUCCCAAAGUGGUAUAAUUUGUCUUCCUGGAUGGAUAUAUCUUAACUAGAGGACCAGGCAUCUUGAGGGAAGCUUUGUGGCAGGCAGCAUGAGCAGGUCAUGCUAGUUGUUCUGUAUGUUAUGAGUUCAAGACAGUGGCAGUUGUCACUAUCUAAGCAUUAUGCUUCAAGCGACAACUAAUAGCUUUUUCUUUUAAUGUGUCAAGGUAUUGCUAAUGUACAUAGUCCUACUUAGGAAGGGGUGGGGGUGAAUCUUGAUUCUCAAAUGCUAAAUUUGCUGUUUAUGUUUUUUAUGGUGUUUGAUUUUAAACAGCAAAAUGGACUGGGCUGGGAAACAUAAUGGUCCAAAUGAUUCAUCUAGUGAUGGAACAGUACGAUUGCGUGGUCUGCCAUUUGGCUGCAGCAAGGAGGAGAUCGUUCAGUUCUUUCAAGGGUUGGAAAUCGUGCCAAAUGGGAUAACAUUGACGCUGGACUACCAGGGGAGAAGCACAGGGGAGGCCUUCGUGCAGUUUGCUUCAAAGGAGAUAGCAGAAAAAGCUCUGGGGAAACACAAGGAAAGAAUAGGGCACAGAUAUAUUGAGAUCUUCAAAAGUAGUAAAAGUGAAAUUCGAGGAUUCUAUGACCCACCACGAAGAAUGAUGGGACAGCGACCUGGACCAUAUGAUAGACCAAUGGGAGGAAGAGGGGGUUAUUAUGGAGCUGGGCGUGGAAGGUAUGGUGGCUUUGAUGACUAUGGUGGCUAUAACAAUUAUGGCUAUGGAAAUGAUGGCUAUGAUGACAGAAUGAGAGAUGGGAGAGGAAUGGGAGGCCAUGGCUAUGGUGGAGCAGGAGACGCUAGCUCAGGUUUUCAUGGUGGUCACUUUGUUCACAUGAGAGGACUGCCAUUUCGAGCAACAGAAAAUGAUAUUGCUAAUUUUUUCUCACCCUUGACUCCUAUAAGAGUACACAUUGAUAUUGGAGCAGAUGGAAGAGCAACAGGAGAAGCAGAUGUGGAAUUUGUGACACACGAAGAUGCAGUGGCUGCCAUGUCUAAAGAUAAAAAUCAUAUGCAACAUCGAUACAUUGAACUGUUCCUGAAUUCAACUGCUGGAGGCGGUUCUGGAAUGGGAGGCUAUGGCCGAGAGGGAAUGGAUCAAGGUGGUUAUGGGUCUGUUGGAAGAAUGGGAAUGGGCAGCAGUUACAGUGGAGGAUACGGUGCUCCUGAUGGCUUGGGUGGAUAUGGCCGUGGCAGUGGAACUAGUGGUGGGUACUACGGACAAGGCAACAUGGGUGGAGGUGGAUGGCGUGGAAUGUAUUGAAGAGUGGCAUUGGGUCUACAAAGCAUAUUGGAAGGAAACAGUACCUGGUCUACUAGACUUUCUUACAAAACUUAAUUUCUUUUGUAUUGAAAACUUUAUAAUGACUGAAGGAAUGUGUUUUCCCAUUAUUUGGUAAGCCGCAGAUUGCAAUGGGGAAAUCUGUUUUCUGUAGGUUUUAUUUGUUGCAUACUCUGACUUUAAAUAAAUUUUUUAUAUUCAAACCACUGAUGUUGAUACUUUUUAUACUAGCUGUUCCUAAAGUGUUGCAUAUUCCAGAAUUCUUAUUUGUUUGAGAGAUUUGGUUCAUUAAAGCAGUUGUAUGGUAGGUUCUCAUUAUUGAUGCAACAUUAUAUGAAAUGAAACAGUCAUUAAGUUGAUAGUACACUUGUUGAGAUUUGAGGGUAGUUUCUUUUAGAUAAUCUGAUCUAAACUGCUCAUCAGUGAGGACAAAUUCCCAUAGCAGAAUGUCAAAAAACCUGUGCUGGGCAUGAAGGCCGUGAGUUCAAGUUCUGGAAUGACCUAAUGCACAACUGCUAUAUUAACAAACUGGUUGAUGUCUGAACUGUAUGCAUGCUAGAAAUCUUCUAACAUUUGAAAUGUAUGUUAAGUAUUGGUACAAAUCUGUGUAUCAAUCUUCAUACUCGUAUCCUUGGCAAUCAGAUUUUCAGAUAAGUUGUGAAUAUUAUUGUAUGGGCAAUAUCAGGGAGGGAAGAAUCAAGACUAUUACUGUAGUGGACUAUUGCAACAUCCGUAGAGAAGUCAGUAAUUGUUUAGAUUCCUAGAAAUAAAAAUUGAUUUAGGAAUGCUGCUCUUAUUCUUGAAUGCAGCUGUGUGAGAGUGCUGCCUGGCAGGUUUUUCCAACAGAGAGCUGUGUUUGUGGCAGAUGAUUUAAAUAGCACAAUAUAUGUGGUCCUCUUGCUGUGCAUUUAACAUGUAAGAUGUUUGGAUGAAAUAUUGUUUAGACACUUAAGCAUUCACUGUAUAUUGAAGAAAGGGUACUAAAUAUUCUACAGUUCUCUUCAUUUCAGCUGCUUGUCCUCCAAAUUCUUCCCAAUAACUUGUCAAAUGUGAUCAACUAUUGAAAGUUUGUUGCCUGUUUUUUUUUGCUAGUAAUGUUAUGUAUGUAAUAAAUGUCUUAUUGUGGGAGAUAGCAAAAUAGACUUGAUUCUAGGAA